AUGGCCGUCGCACCUGAGAAGAUAUUUGCCGUGUUGAUUGGCAUCAACAACUACCGCGGGCAGUACAACAAUGUCAAAAAUCUAUACGGUUGUGUCAAGGAUGUAGACAUCAUCGAUACACUCCUCACAACCACCCUCCGCGUUCCAGCCGGCAAUGUUCAUACCCUCACGUCCCCUCAUGGGUCGACAUUGGAAACUUUGCCGACUAAAACCAAUGUCCUUGCCCUGAUUGAGGAGGUCGCCGGAAGAGCGGUUGCGAGCGGCCCUGGUGCCCUUUUCUUCCUGCACUACUCUGGCCACGGCAAGCGCACCAAAACAAUCUACCAUAAGCCAGAGAAUGGUGGUUUGAAGUCUGCAGGUGCCUACGAUGAGGGGUUGUGCACUCUGGGAGAGCCCCUGAUGGAUGUUGAGCUUUCCAAUGUUUUGGAUGGGCCGAAUGAGCUGGGUCUCACGGUAUUUGUGUCCCUCGACUGUUGUCAUUCAGGAGGCGCCGAUCGGGACAGCUUGCAUUCAGGCUCUGGUGGUGGACAUGAUGCUUUGGAUGGUCAGGAUGCCGCCGGACUUGAGAGUGUUAGCAUUCGGUGUCCUUUUCCCGAUUCGGACUCAAAUGAUGAGAUUGAUUCUGGCACUGAAGUGGGCCGUGGUGAUGGAGAUGGCCGCAACGUGAAAGUGCAGGAGAGCUGGCUGUAUCGCAACCGGAGGCACAAUCUGCUCGCAGCCUGUCAGCCAAGUGAAUUCGCAUAUGAAACUGGUGGAAGGGGGACAAUGACAUACCAUCUCGACAAAACCGUGACGGCGCUGAAAGAUUCCAUCAUCCCAAUCACCUACGAUAUGCUCAUCACUCACCUUGUAUCCAAGUCCGGUAUCCGCAACAACAUUUUCCCUCAACAACCCAUGCUUCUAGGAAACCGCAACCGUCUGGCUUUUGGCACAAAUACCAAGUCGGCUCUUAGAGGCGUGAUGCAGGGCAAUGUCACAAAGACAGAGAAAGAAGUGGGAUUCACUCUUGUCACCAUCAGCAGGGGUGCUUCUCAUGGGGUCGAGGUUGGGGACCGCUUCGCCCUCUACAGACCGGAUCAGUUCACCUUCGGCUUACUCAAUCCUGACGAGGAGCGGGCUGCCGAAGCUAUCAUUCUCGAGGUCACCAACAUGACGGCUGCUGCGCGAGUUCCGACCACAUCCAACCUUGCCAAUAUUCCCAAGGUUGAGCUGCCGGAAGACCUAUUGCGGCCCACGGCUGACUUGAGACUACACUCUGAUCCGGAUAUUGUCCCAGAAGUCACUUGUCCUGACACCUUUUACGUCAAGCCCUCUGAGGAUGGGACAAGACUUGUGGUCCACAACAACAACACAGAGAUAAUGGAGAAUGUCCCCAGCCUCGACCAUAACGACGACAGCAACGCCAGAACACUCUCCCUCAUCGUUCAACACCUCUCCCCUUACCAGCGUCUCACCAACCUCGCCGCCCGUGAAGAUUCCACAAAUCCGUGGAACCCCAGGUACGAAUUCGAGAUAAAACGGAUCCAUGAUGUCAACAGGUCCAACAGCCCCACGCUUCCCGCCAAGGUGCAGUACGGGGUCGUCUUCAAAAACACCGAACCCCGCCCUAUCCGGAUACUAAACCAAGAAGAGGAAGCCCUCACCCAAUUCAUUACCAUCUUCAACCUUGAUCCAACCUACGGCAUAACACAGAUCUUCCCUGACGAAGGCGCCGACAGCUUCGAGGUCUACCCCAGAGAGGCCAUCGACCCCAAGUUCAAGCUCAACAUCACAGUCCCCCCACAGCUCCAAGCCGCCUCCCAACAACCAGGCUUCCAAAUGCACGACAAGAUUAUAGUUCUCAUCUCGAGCAAGGCGACAAACUUCCGGCAUUACUCGCAGCCAGACCUUCACGCCUGGCUGCAUCCGGAGGAUGCCCGCGAGGACGUAUUCUUCAAGAAGAUCACCCCGAAAGGUCAGAGCAACAUGCCUUCGCGGCAGGCGACGAGAGCAGAAGAAGAAAGAGGUACAGAACUUGCGAUCUCUGGAUGA